AUGCUUGGAUUGGACAGAAAGCUGGUAGAACACAAGUUGCUAAUCAAAGAAGGCUAUCUUCCUGUCAAACAGGCCAGAAGAAGAAUGUUUAUGGAAGCAGAACUCAAAGUCAAGGAAGAAAUAGAAAGAUUGCUCAAGGCAGGAUUCAUCAGACUAGCCAUUUAUGCUGAUUGGCUAGCCAAUAUUGUGCCAGUUCUGAAAAGAAAAACAGGGGCAGUAAGAAUCUGUGUGGAUUAUAGGAAUCUGAAUGAAGCAUCCCCCAAGGAUGAAUAUCCUAUGCCAAUGGCAGAUAUGCUGGUAGAUGGAGCUGCUCAUAACCAAAUGCUAUCUUUUAUGGAUGGCAAUGCAGGAUAUAAUCAGAUCAUGGAUAACAAGGAAGGGAAGGAACAGGCAGUCUACUAUUUGAGCAGAACUCUAACAGAAGUAGAAAGGAAAUAUUCUGCAAUUGAAAGACUUUGUCUAGCCUUAUACUUCACUGCUGUGAAACUCAGACACUACAUGCUGUCAUUUACCAUCUACAUCAUUGCCAAGAUAGACCUGAUCAAAUACAUGCUAAUAAGGCCAAUGUUGAGAGGCAGAAUUGGAAAAUGGACUCUGGCUUUGACAAAAUUUAGUUUCAGAUAUGUUCCUCAGAAAGCUGUCAAAGGGCAAGCUGUAGCAGAUUUCCUAGCAGAUCACCCAGGGGAAGUAAUUGAAAACAUGGAUUCUUCGGAUAUAGCAAAUGCAGAUCUGUUAACUAGAGCUCAGACUUGUCUUAACAAUCCCAUCUACCCAGUUCACCUUACACCUUGGAAACUGUACUUUGAUGGAUCAAAGACUGAUGUAGCCUCUGGGGCAGGGAUUAUUUUAGAAGAACCACUAGGGAUCAGACACUGUUAUUCUUUCCAGUUAGAGUUCCAGUGCACCAACAACAGGGCUAAAUAUGAAGCCUUAAUCAUUGGCCUUGAGAUGCUGGUGGAAUUAGGAAUCCAAUCUGUUGAAAUUUUGGGAGAUUCUAUGCUUGUGUUGAAACAGAUUGCUGGAGAAUACAAGUGCCUAAAUCCUUUUCUAGCUGUCUAUCUUGUGGCAGCCAGAAAUCUUCUGAUAGAAUUCAAGGAAGCUACUUGGGAACAUAUCCCAAAAGAAGAAAACUUUGCAACCAAUGAAUUGGCUCAGAUAGCAACAGGUAUACAAAUGCUUGAGGACUGUGUGCAAAGGAUCAUCAAGGUAGGAAAGAAAAGUCUACCAUCUGUUCUGAUAAGAGGAAUGGAGAUAGAUGACGAUUCUGCCAUAAUCACUGAAAAUGAUUGGAGAAAUCUCAUCAUAAAUUACUUGCAGUAUCCAACCCUGCCUUCUGAGAAAAGAGUCAGAAUCAUGGCUUUGAAUUACCUUAUGUGGAAUGGAGAUUUGGUCCGGAAAAGCAAAGAUGAAGUACUUCUAAGGUGCCUAGGAAAGAAAGAAUACAUGAAGGUCAUGGGAGAGACCCAUGAAGGAAUUUGUGGAGCUCAUCAAGGAGGAAGGACAAUGUGCUGGUUAAUUAGAAGGUAUGGCUACUUCUGGCCAACCAUGAUGAAGGAUUGCAUUAACUAUUCCAAGGGAUGUGAGGCUUGUCAAAGGCAUGGCCCAAUUCAGCAAGCUCCUUCAGUUCCCAUGAAUCCAGUAGUCAAGCCAUGGCCAUUCAGACGAUGGGCAAUGAAUCUCAUGGGCAAGAUUUAUCCAGCCAGUAGCAAACAACAUUGCUUCAUCAUUGUAGCCACAAAUUAUUUCACCAAAUAG